GUCAUUUGUUCAGUCUAGAUAAGAUAUUGAAUUCCCGGGCCCCUGCUGCAACUAUAAGUACUAGACUAGUAUGCUGUGCUGCGAGGCACAGCUCAUGGUUUCCGGGUCUCGGGACCCCGAAACGCGGCACCUGUGCUUUAUUCACAACCAACACGAUCUCACAUACAGAACUCGUUGAAUUUUUUUACAAGUAGAAUGGGCCCAUCGAAGAAAUCCCAGAGACGUGCUAAAGCACCAUUGCCAUUGAGGUCUCGCACAACAAGAUCCAAGGGGAGACCCAUAACAGAUCCAGAACAGAACACUCAGCUUCUUACGGAGCAACUUCGCUCGCAGGGUCUCUACGCUGCUCAAACAGUGGGCGAUGGCAAUUGCCUAUUUCGGGCUCUUUGUGAUCAAUUCUACGGCUCGCCAUCGCAGCACCUCCAACUGCGCAAAGAUAUAUGCGACUGGAUUGAGAGCCAUGCGCAGCGCUAUCAACCCUUUUGUGAGGAUGAGCGUGGACUAAGCGCCCAUCUGCGGUGCAUGCGAGAACAAGGCACUUAUGGCGGGCACCUUGAACUUUCUGCAUUUGCGCACUUUGCGCGAAGGAAUGUCAAGGUUAUACAGCCUGGAUUGGUAUACGUCAUCGAGUGGAAGGCGGGAGCCGAGAACGAUGACCAGUCAUCAUCUCAAGAUAACGAACGAGACGCGCGGAGGAAAAGGAGGCAGCAGCAGCGCGACGAGAUGAACGAUUCCCAUGAGUCAGAGGGGACGAUAUAUGUGGCAGGGCCGCACGCUGGUCUUCCCGAGGUUUGCGAGCUACCCGCCGACGCAGUACCGCCUGCCGGUUCACCUGCCAAGAAGAAACUAGUCUCCCGGGGCAAAGCCAAAUUUGAUCCCAAGAUUUUUCCCAAGAAUGGCCCAAUCGACAGUAUUAGGUCGAGUGAAAAUACACCACUAACACCUGCCCAUGUUCCACUCCCCAUAUCCCGCUCACCAUCACCCCUUUCUUCUACUGAUUCCUUGGGCAUUGAGGCGGACUCGCUCCUUCCCGUCCCCGGUCAGCCGCCUGGUCCCCAUCGGCCUUUUACAUCGAGCAUUAGAGCUCAUCGGUCACCUAAGCGUUCCUUCGACGAAUCGUCUGGAUCGUCGACAUCUGACACGAUCUCCAAGCGAACGCGAAACUCACGACGAUCGCCCUCUCGCACACCCUUGAGUCAAGUCAGGGCAGAUGAUGAUAUGGAUGACUCAACACCUGACCUCUCCAACCCUGGCUCCUCCGCAGAAUCCAGCCGUUCAUCAUCUGCCGUUUCAUCUCCGCUUCCUAGCACCCCUCCCGAAUGUAACACACCGCCUCCUGAAACCCAGAAGCCCCUUACUCGACGCCAGCGUAAGGCUCUCGGGCUUCCAAAGUCACGUACUGCGUAUAUGAGCGCAGGAAAGAUUGUCAUUCCUGGCGGGAAAUUCAAGAAAGCUUCCAAACCGGCUGAUGAUGAGGAAUGGCAGAAGAAUGGUACCGGGCGGCUUGACGUGCGCGGGUUCCGCGAGCUCAAGAUCUAG